GGCUCCUCUUCCACUGUUUUACCUCAAAACUUUGAAGUUUCUUAGGGCUUAUUCCUGGGGACCUUUCUCAUGGUUGUAAAGGCCACCCAUGAGAAAGACAGCUGGUACCUUCCAGAAUUCAUUCUACCAUUCUCUAUCAAUCACAGAGCCUCUAUUUUUAGCCGGGCACAUUGCGCCUAGUUAAAAGGCGACAUUUCUCAUCGUAGCUCAUUAUUUUGGCCAAUGAGAUGCCAGCAAAAAUGCGUGGGACUUCCAGCGCAGUCUCUUAAAAAGAAAAGGGUGCACUUUUCCCCCUCUCUCCUGCAUGCUUCCAAAGGUGGAGCGCAGUGAGGUAAACUUAAGAUUGGAAACCAAGCGCUGAGCGUAGCAGAGCAGCUCAAAACUGCCUACCUUUGGACUUCUUUUUUGUGAAGAAAGAAAUCAAUUUCUAUCUUGCAUGCUCACAUCCCACCAGGAAGCCUGCGUACAGCAGAGGACAGACACCUCCAGGGGGAAAGAAACGCUGGGCCUCCUUCCGCAAUUGUGAAGUAACCUAAGUAUCUUUUGCUGGAAGUGGCAAUCAGCCUAUUCGCGACGAAAGGCAAACCGAAAACUCCCAUCUCGAGGAUGAAGGCGGUAGGGGGUAUAGAAUUGGGGAACGGGGCCAAGAAAAGCAGUUGGAUGUGUGGCUCCUCAAGAUGGCUGCCCCGAACCCCAUGACCGGGAGGAAGCGGAGCUCCGCCCCAGCGCGCCGGGCCCCACCCCACUCGGCCCCGCCCAGCGCCACCCGCCUCCGGGGGGGGGGCGGUGCGGGUUGUGAGGUGUCUCAGCGAAGCGCCUGCGCAGUGGGCAGCGGCGCGCGGGGCGGAGGCUUUAUAAUCACUUCGACGCGGCCGCUCGGCUUCUACCUCGGGGAGGGCGGCCAAGGCGGCGGCGGUCGCCGCGCCGGUUGAGGGGGCGCUGAGGCGGGAGCAGUGGUGGCGCUGGGCGCCCCUCGCUCCUGGGCCUCUGGGGGCCAUGGGCUCCGAGAAGGACUCCGAGUCGCCGCGCUCUACAUCUCUACACGCGGCCGCGCCCGACCCCAAGUGCCGCAGCGGCGGCCGGCGCCGGCGCCUCACCUUCCACAGUGUCUUCUCCGCCUCGGCCCGCGGCCGCCGCGCCCGGGCCAAGCCGCAGGCCGAGCCGCCGCCCCCGGCCGCGCCGCCGCCGCCCGCCCCGGUCCCGGCCGCGGCCCAGGCCCCGCCGCCCGAGGCGCUGCCCGCCGAGCCGGCCGCCGAGGCGGAGGCGGAGGCCGCGGCGGCGGCCGGGCCCGGGUUCGACGAUGAGGAGGCGGCGGAGGGCGGCGGCACCGGCCCGGAGGAGGUGGAGUGCCCGCUCUGCCUGGUGCGGCUGCCGCCCGAGCGGGCCCCUCGUCUCCUCAGCUGCCCGCACCGCUCGUGCCGGGACUGCCUCCGCCACUACCUGCGCCUGGAGAUCAGCGAGAGCCGGGUGCCCAUCAGCUGCCCCGAGUGCAGCGAGCGACUCAACCCUCACGACAUCCGCCUGCUGCUCGCCGACCCGCCGCUCAUGCACAAGUACGAGGAGUUCAUGCUGCGCCGCUACCUGGCCUCGGACCCCGACUGCCGCUGGUGCCCGGCCCCGGACUGCGGUUAUGCUGUUAUUGCCUAUGGCUGUGCCAGCUGCCCAAAGCUGACCUGUGAGAGGGAAGGCUGCCAAACGGAGUUCUGCUACCACUGCAAGCAAAUAUGGCAUCCAAAUCAGACAUGCGAUAUGGCCCGUCAGCAGAGGGCACAGACUUUGCGAGUACGGACCAAGCACACUUCAGGUCUCAGUUAUGGGCAAGAAUCUGGACCAGCAGAUGACAUCAAGCCAUGCCCACGAUGCAGUGCUUACAUUAUCAAGAUGAAUGAUGGGAGCUGUAAUCAUAUGACCUGUGCAGUGUGUGGCUGUGAAUUCUGUUGGCUUUGUAUGAAAGAGAUCUCAGACUUGCAUUACCUCAGCCCCUCUGGCUGCACAUUCUGGGGCAAGAAGCCGUGGAGCCGUAAGAAGAAAAUUCUUUGGCAGCUGGGCACACUGAUUGGUGCUCCAGUGGGGAUAUCCCUCAUUGCUGGCAUUGCCAUUCCUGCCAUGGUCAUCGGCAUUCCUGUUUAUGUUGGCAGGAAGAUUCACAGCAGAUAUGAGGGAAGGAAAACCUCCAAACACAAGAGGAAUUUGGCUAUCACAGGAGGAGUGACUUUGUCAGUCAUUGCAUCCCCAGUCAUUGCUGCAGUUAGUGUGGGUAUUGGUGUCCCCAUUAUGCUGGCUUAUGUCUAUGGGGUUGUGCCCAUUUCUCUCUGUCGUGGAGGCGGCUGUGGAGUUAGCACAGCCAAUGGAAAGGGGGUGAAAAUUGAGUUUGAUGAAGAUGAUGGUCCAAUCACAGUGGCAGAUGCCUGGAGAGCCCUUAAGAACCCCAGCAUUGGGGAGAGCAGCAUUGAAGGUCUGACUAGUGUAUUGAGCACCAGCGGAAGCCCUACAGAUGGACUUAGUGUUAUGCAGGGUCCAUACAGCGAAACAGCCAGCUUUGCAGCCCUCUCAGGGGGCACGCUGAGUGGUGGCAUUCUUUCCAGUGGCAAGGGAAAAUAUAGCAGGUUAGAAGUUCAAGCCGAUGUCCAAAAGGAAAUUUUCCCUAAAGACACAGCCAGUCUUGGUGCAAUUAGUGACAACGCAAGCACUCGUGCUAUGGCCGGUUCCAUAAUCAGUUCCUACAACCCACAGGACAGAGAAUGCAACAAUAUGGAGAUCCAAGUGGACAUUGAAGCCAAACCAAGCCACUACCAGCUGGUGAGUGGAAGCAGCACAGAGGACUCACUCCACGUUCACGCCCAGAUGGCAGAGAAUGAAGAAGAAGGUGGUGGCGGUGGCGGCGGUGGCGGCAAUGAAGAGGACCCCCCCUGCAGACACCAAAGCUGUGAACAGAAAGACUGCCUGGCCGGCAAGCCUUGGGACAUCAGCCUGGCCCAGCCCGAGAGCAUCCGCAGUGACCUGGAGAGCUCUGACACGCAGUCGGACGAUGUGCCGGACAUCACCUCAGAUGAGUGUGGCUCCCCUCGCUCCCAGACGGCAGCCUGCCCCUCCACUCCCAGAGCCCAAGGUGCACCGAGCCCAAGUGCCCAUAUGAACCUCUCUGCCCCAGCCGAGGGGAAGACUGUCUUGAAGCCAGAAGGUGCAGAAGGCAGAGUAUGAAGUGGAAUGAAUGCUCCUGUUCUGAGAAGCACACUUAUGCACCUGCUCCUUGUCUUCCUGGCCUGUGCUUUACCACAAUGAGGAUGAUGAGUCUGGACAACAGACAACUUGGAAGACUCUUAACUCUUGGGCACUGCAGCCAGACUGAGCACAUGAUGCUCAUUUCCCUGCACCUGAGACAGGAAAUGCUCUUAGCGGACUUUGAGUCUCUGUAAGAAAGUGCCCUGGAGGGUGUCUUUGUGUCAAAAAGGGAAACUGUUGGAAAAGGGGGCAAACAGUCUGCAAAUCUGUGAAAUGCAAAUUAUCAGCUCAAGAUUGCAGUUCUCUUGAAGCCUUACCAGGACAGCAGUUAACUUUGAUAAACUCGAAGAAGUCUUUGGGAGGGGCAAGAAUUGGCAGCCAGACCUGUGUUCUUAUCUAAGCUCCACUUCUUCCUGCUGUGACACUUGGACAGUUGCCUCUGAGUCUGCUGUCACUCAACCAGAAUGGGGAAAAUAAUCGUUAAUUACGGGGUCGCAAAGAUUGACAUGGUGUACUGAAAUGCUUUUGGUAAAGACCCAUGUUUUUUUCUCCUGCAGGAAUAAGAAUAAGUUAAGGGAGAUUAUGGGGGUCAUCUAAGAAAAGCCCAGAACUCUAGACCAGAGGCUAUGAAAGCUAAGCUUAUUCUAAUCCUUUGCAACACUGCUUUGUAUAGCCUAGACGUUAGCUGAUGAAAAGGCCCUUCGGCACCACCUGGAGGAGAACAUGAGUAAUGCGUUGGAAAAGUUGGUUCUCCCUUUAGAAAAUGGGGAAAGUUUAACUUCCUCUUUGUACAGCAUUCGUUCGUUUUGAAAUGCCUACUACAUUUCAAGUGUAGCAUGCAACAACGAAGAAAACACAAAAUUGUUGUCCCCGUGGAAUGUACACUCUAGUGGGGGAAAGACGAUCAGAUAGAUGAUCUGGAUGAGGAUAAGUGCACUGGAGAAAACAAAGUAGAAAGAGUAAAGAGAGUGGUCGAUGGAGCCACUUCAGAUGGUAGUAUAGGCGUCUUUCAUAAAGGAACAUUUGAUCAGAAUCCUAAGGGGAGUGAGAAAGAACCAAAUGGUUCUUUCUAUCUAGGGGAAGAACAUAGCAGGCAUUGGGAACAAAAUACAAAGGCCCUUUGGUGGAGCAUCCUUAGCCUGUUUAAAAAACACACACACAGCUUAGAGACCUAUUUGGCUGGAAUAUGUGGACCAAGGAGGUUGAAGAGAUGGCUGGGGGUGAGAUUGUAUAGGUUAGCAAAACAACUCUGAAGACCAGGAAAAUUGUAAGUUUCUCUGAGUCCAGGAAGAGAGGUAAUCUUCAAAGUCAGACAGAUGGGAUGCUUGCAGUCGGCUUUCAAAUGGGCUAAAACUGGGAGAGGGUGUGUCACCAGUCCCACUUGAAUGGGCUCAUGUAAAGAAACUCGUGGAUAUGGUAAAUGCGUACUCAUUCAUUCUGGCCCUUUCUAAUACACUUUCUUGUACCCAGAGGCUGGAAAGCUAAAAGCGAUGUGUUUUAAACUUCCUUAAACCAAGGUUCUCAAUAUAAUUUAAAUUUUGCCAAUUAAAUGUAUAAAUAAGAUGUGGAAGGAAGAAGUGAUUGUGGGGCCAUCUUCAGCUACUUUGUUGCUACUGCAAGGAUCUAAAGACCUUGGGUUUCUCUUCAGUGGUGCCCGAUAUCCGCCCGUAGUUUUGUGAGUGUUGAAGGGCUUCCUGAUCAUAAAGAACAGUGAUGUGUGUUCUUGUAGUCAGCCUGUGGUGGCCUGAUGAUUCCUCAUCUUGAUGGUGGCAGAGGGAAUGCUACCAGGGUAGGCCUGGAGAUCCAGUCUAGAGCCCACUGCUCAGGCUUUCCGGUUCUUACAAGCACCUAAUUUACUUGCGUCGAAUCCUUUGCUACUUCAAAUAGGUAGAAGGGUUUUGUGUCUUGCAACUACUAAACUCCAAUCACCCUGUUUGUUUCCGAAAGUGGUUAUAGGCAGUAGGCCCUCAAAGGUGGCACUCUUAGAUUAGUUAUGACUGUUGGAUUUGAAGGAAAUGAGGAUAAAUUGCCAUUGGAAAAUGGUAGACAAAGAUUACUUACAUUUGUGUUUCGGUUGAAACGAAAAGUCUCUUGGAGGACGUCGGCAGAUCAAAUGGCUGCCACUACAGACCGUCAUGUAAGAAAUGAGGGCCUAGAUGGUGGUGGCGAUGCUAAAGAAGUAAAGGAGAAAAAAAGCGAAAAACCCAAAGACCCCAGAACUUUACAUUUUCAGCUCCAGGCAUGUAUAGGAGAGCCCCAGAAGAAUUUUGUCUCUUGUAACUGCAAGGCCGAUGUACAUGAAAAUCAGAAGGAGAUUCUGGGUUACAGAAUUACAGCAUGAGUUAAAUUCAUAGCCUUACCAUGUCUCUUAUGUGAAAAUUAGAACCUUGUUUGGGAGAGAAUGGGACCCUGAAAUGAGAAAUGGGGACAUUUGAGUGGAUUUAGGUAAGUCCCAGUGUUCUGAAUCCAGAUUCCACUUAGUGUCUCUUACCAGCAGAAACAGCCUUUCUUCCCCUCACUAAUAUGGCUGGUCCUGUCUUACUUGGAGACCUUGGGUAGUUGCCUUGAAAGGGAAUGCCAAUACUCAUGUCCAACCCACUACCCCAUGUUGCCACCAGAUCUGUAACUAGAGUUAGAUCCCGAUGUGCUUCUGGAAGGGCAAACACAAAGUCUGAUCGGAGGGAAGGCUUACAGAAGAAUGGUAAGACUUGGUUAAUUUGAAUCAGCAGAAACCUGGGUUUUAAAGGUUUAAAUUAGACCAGGAAGAAAAGAACAAAAUUUUAUUUCAUUUGGGUUGAAUUUAUGGAUAUGGAAAUUCUAGAGAUUCUGGAUUCAGUAUAUUGGCUUUAGCAGCUACGAGUGGCUCUUAGCUGGUUGGUUAGAUGAGACCUGGACUGCACACGGUGUACAUUCAAAUUGAAACUCCUAGAACUCCUUAGCAUAGCAGAAGAUAAGUCCAAAAACAUGAAGAUAGAAAUGUUGAUGCAGAUUUGUCAUAUGUGUGACUUAAUCUAAUUUUGCCCUCUAGAAUUGCUCAGAGGAGGUUCCUUUCACCAAGGAAUUGGAAAGUAUGUAGAUAAGAGGAACACCUUAUCUUGGAGAGUGCUGUGGUUUAUAUCCUCCAUAGGCUGGGGAUGAAGCUAAGAGAUGCUGCCGUUGAAAUGGAAUCCCUGACGUCAGUAGGAAUGAUGGGGUCCCGGAGUGGAGGAGCCAAGGGGCAGUACCAAGGCAACAGAGCCGGAGUGAUGAAAUAGAACGUUCCAAGGUCCUAUUUGGUUGGUAUAACCCAAAUCAAGACUCCAGAUCUGGCAAAAAGAGACCUGUUUUGAGUCACCAAAAUGGAAAGUUACGAACUCUCACUAAAUUCUCGGGGACCAAGGUCCUUGAAUAAAGGGGUGCGGAGUACCCUGGAGGUAGCACCCAACCAUAUAACCAUCACUGUAAUUGCAAAUCUUUCAGUGUUCCCCAAGGGAAUCUUAAGCCGCUUAUCUAUGUUCCUGUGCUUAGGGGAAUGGAAAUACCCGGGCCUUUAGGGAAUACUUAGAAACUAGCCCUAUGCUAACAGUAAUCCCCAAAAAGGUCUGUGUUCCACUAGUUGGAAUUGAGGUUUGUGGGGUAUUAAGGGUUUGGAGGGGUGUCCUCCAAAAUGUAUGUGUUGGAACCCUAACCUCUCAUACCUCAGAACCUGAUCUUAUUGGAAAUAGGGCUGUUGCAGAUAUAAUUGCAUAAAAUGAGGUCAUGCUGGAGGAGGUAGGCCCCUAAUCCGAUAUGAUGCGUGUCGCGUGAAAAGGAAGAAUUUGGACACGGAGACCCAAAAACAGAACGUCAUGUGAAGAUGAAGCCAGAGAUCGGGAUGAUGCAGCAGAAGCAAAGGAACUGCAAAGAUUGCCAGCAAACCACCAGAAACUAGGGGAGAGGCCUGGAAGAGAUUCUCCCUCAGCCCUCAGAGGAGCCAAGCCUGCCCACACCUUGAUCUCAGACUUCUAGCCCAAUAAAAUUGUGUUGUUUAAACCA